AUGGCGAACCAGGCAGAGGUUAUCCAUCCCAAGAAGCUCCCGGGCGACACGCAUCAUGUCAUCGUCAAGCUUGAGGCGAUACAUGUUGAUGCCCCCGAGAUUGAUUCGUCGCCCUACACACACGAAUCUAUAGUGUACGAUUACACACCGGCGACAGCGCACGAGCUCAUCGCAGCAAGGCUCCACGAGGCAAGCAUCUUUAUCACGACAAUGGUGCCUGUCAACGCCCAAACUCUCGGAGAGGCCCCUCACCUGAAAUGCAUUAUCACAGAAACAACCGGCACGAACCACAUUGACCUUGACGAAUGCCGCCGCCGCGGCGUGACUGUCUUCUACUCACCAGAUGCCACAUUGGAGGCCGUCUCUGAGCACGCUCUGGCCAUGUACUUUACCCUCCGCCGUCGUCUGCUUGUCCUCACCAACGCCAUGUCGACCUACACGCCAACGACCCCGAACACAUGGAAGACCAGCGGCACCAUGUCCGGCCUCCUCCGCGACUCUGAGGGUCGCCCGCCACACACCUGCCAAACCGAGACUGUCGGUGUCCUCGGCUACGGGCCCAUCGGUCGCCGCAUCGAGACUCUCUGCAAAGCCCUCGGCAUGCCGACUCUCGUCGCUGCUCGGAAAAACCAAGCUCUGCCUGUCCCGGCGGGCCGGACCCCAUUUGCCGACGUCCUCCGCACCGCGACAGUCAUAUUCGUCGUCGUUCCGCACACACCGGAAACGGUGAAUUUCAUCGCGACGGAGGAAAUUGCAACGAUGCGGCCUGACGCCGUUCUCAUCAAUGUCGGUCGCGGCGGCACGAUCGAUGAGGCAGCACUCCUGGCGGCUGUGCGUGAGAGGCGGCUGUAUGGUGUCGCGACGGACGUUUUUGCCACGGAACCUGCGGGCUCAGGAGCUGACAGCGUGCUGCUCGGAAAAGAGAUUCAGGAGGACGGGCUCAACGUUGUGCUAAGUCCGCAUCUUGCCUGGUGCGCAGACACGACGAGGCUGAAUGUGAGGAGAGUUGUUGGAGAGAACCUCAAGACGUAUCUCACAGGGGGAGAUAAGAAUCUCGUCUUGGAGGGAAGGAACUAGAGCAAAACGAUUAUACAGGGUUCGGUGCAGCAAUAGAACCCAGCAGUCAUUAGACACUGACCCAGGCAUGUCCGCUUCAUCGCGGUUUUCGAUGAUGUUUUGAUGAUGUUUUGAUGCUACCUAGCCAUCACGGGCAGAGUAUGGACACAUAGCUGGUCGGUAUAUGAGGUGCCGUGGACUGCCAUGUGAUGAGACAAAGCAUAUUCGACGUGGCUCAGUCUGUAGUUAAAGGUUGAAGAUCAAGCAGCGAUGUUGACGCCAGUAAGUAGCGGCUAGUUCGAUCCAACGACGAAAUAUCAUGAGGAAUGAUUGGCGAUCUAGGUGCGAACAGGCAGAUACUCCUCCGUCAAGCAGCAUGGCCGAAUAGCAUGACAUCUCAUGCCACCGGCCUGACCUUAUCUCACUUGAAAGCGAGGAUUAGAGCCUUAGCCCCCGUUGCAUGAUGAGGACGCGAGAGAUUGGGAGACGAGCCUCACGAGUAUUGCAGGUAUUCAAGGCUGGUUGAUGAAGCAUUCGUUGUUCCGGCUGGUGAUAGCCACCACAAGUUCGAGCAUUUCUGCCAGUUGGAUG